AUGACUACUACUAUAGAUCUACCCGAAGUCUUUUGUGUGGCAAGAGCAAGAAUACCAACUACACAAGGUCCAGACAUUUUCUUACAUUUAUAUUCAAAUAAUAAGGACAAUAAAGAACAUCUAGCCAUCGUAUUCGGCGAAGAUAUAAGGUCUCGUUCCCUUUUCAAAAGAAGAUCACCUAAUGAGUCUCAACAAGAUAGAAUGAUUAGAGGUGCCUACAUAGGGAAAUUGUAUCCCGGCAGAGCCUCUGCAGAUGUGGAUGAUAAAUUAGGCCUGGAAUUAAAUUUUGACCCAGUUACAGGCGACCUUAUAUUCGAUUCAGAAACGACAUGGGAUGGGACCCAUAAUGACACACUGGUCAGAAUCCAUAGUGAAUGUUACACAGGUGAAAACGCAUGGUCGGCACGUUGCGACUGUGGUGAACAAUUCGAUCGUGCCGGGAAAUUGAUAGCUUGUGAUCAUGAACCAGAAACAGGAAUAGUCGGUGGCAAUGGUCAUGGUGUGAUAGUGUAUCUCAGACAGGAAGGCCGUGGGAUUGGUCUUGGCGAGAAGUUGAAAGCUUACAAUUUACAGGAUCUAGGUGCAGACACUGUUCAGGCAAAUGUGUUAUUAAAUCAUCCUAUUGAUGCUCGUGACUUCUCUAUAGGUAAAUCUAUCCUAUUGGAUCUAGGCCUUAAGAACGUUAGACUGUUGACUAAUAACCCAGAUAAGAUUGCACAGGUGGAGCAUGCUGACUUACUUCAUUGUGUGGAAAGAGUACCCAUGGUCCCAAUCCACUGGCAGGAUGAAGCCAGAGGUAUUGAUUCCAAGGAAAUUGAAGGUUAUCUAAGGACAAAGAUCGAGAGAAUGGGCCAUCUUUUACAAAAACCUCUACAUUUACAUACAAAUACUUCAAAAAGAGACUCUACCGCAAUUGUAUAG